UUCUUUCUGUAACUUAGGGAGUACCAGGACCUGGAAGGUAUGAAAUUAAAAGUCAAUUUCAGAAGACACAAAGUCUGGCAGCAAAUAUAACUGAUGAAUCUUCCUUUUUUCUCUCUGAAUCAGAGAGAUUUGCACCUAUCAAAUCCAGUACCCCAGCUCCUGGCACAUAUAACGAAACACGAACUGCAUUUAAGUGCUCAGAGAAAAGAUCAGGAGAGGAGUCGCCAUUUGGACAAAGUGCUGCCCGGUUCACAGAGGACUUCGAGGCACAGGAAAUGCCAGGUCCUGGCUUUUAUGAUAUUUCAAGAAAAACUGUAAUUGCCAAGGUUAAAAAACCCCACUUGAAGAAACCAACGAGAGCUGGAUUUCGCUAUUUUGUCCCUCGACCUUUGAUCGAACUUCAGAGAGAAGUUUGCGUCGGUCCAGGACCUUGCGAUUAUCAGAAUGAUGGAAUUGUUGAUAAGUUACCCAACUUGAUUAAGAGACACACUGCUUUCUUGUCAAGAAAACAGAAAACUACAGAAGUACCACCUCAGAUGUUUCCAGCUCCAGGCAGCUAUGAGGUUCAGAAAUCGUAUGAUAUGUCCCAAGUUAAACACAACUACAUGCCACCUCGAAGUUCAGUGGCUAAAAAGAAACAUUCCUCCUUCCUGAGUACAAGUCCCCGUCCCCGGUGCCUGGGAAGAAUCUCUGAGGGGCCAG